AUGGUGUUCAUCCCGCGGUUGUAUAAGAACCACUAUUUGGCUCUGUACUUGAUGAUCGCCGAAUUCCCCUUUGUCAUAGUCAUCCUCGUCCUGACCGGCAUUGCUUCACACGAUACAUAUACGACAAAGCUAUGGCAGGAUGGAGCAAACAACGGCUUCAACAGUGCACCCAAUCAAAUCGUCUAUGCUUUGACAAAUGGUCGGUCUUACAAAGUGCCAAUCGUAUGGAGUUCGCUUUUGUAUAACUAUGAUCUAGUGAUUGGAGUCCUCAGCACCUUCCUUUUAUUGGUCAAACUUCCUGUUCAUGUCCUUCGGUUCUUUUAUCCUCCAGUAGGAGCCUUUGUAAACGGCGCUUGUUUUAUACUCUACAUCGCUGCUGCAUGCUUUCAAGCCGGCUCCGACACAUCGGAUCCUCAUCACCUUCAGAAGGGCGCACCAUGGUACAUUACCAAGUCAUGCAGUGUCGCUUAUUAUCCAAGCAACGUCGGAUACUGUGAACAGGCAAAAGCGCUCUUUGGGUUCACAAUCAUGGUUAUCAUGCUGUAUUUCGCCGAGACCGUGCUAGCAAUAAUGUCAUGUUUCAGCACCAAAGCGGAGCGAGAAGCAGUUCGACAGCGCCGGCUAGAAAAACGCGAAGAGAAGGAUGCCGAAAACCGUGCCUUGCGCGAGUACGACGAGAUCAUUAACUCGCCCAUGUUCCCUCCACCAGCGAUGCCGAACGCUAUAUAUACUCCAGGACUUACAAAUCCUAUGGCUUCACCCUACCAUCAAUCCCAAUUCUUCCAGAGUCAGUCACAAUUCCAAUUUCAAUCCCUGAAUCAUCCAUCGCCCUCUACAGCGAGUGACUUGCCUUUUCGAAAUUACGACACGCCAAAAUCGUCCAGUUUUACUGCCGGCGCUCGUGUUUCGGUCAACGUCUCGGAGGUUAGUGAGCAGCAAGACCAAAAACAACAACCCUACUUCCCACCACCGCCUAAAAAGGCUACCGAUUAA